AUGGCGCAAUCCACGGAAUCUGAGUUUGUGACUUUAGUCUCAAAUGACGGAUUUGAAUUCAUUAUCCCUCGCAGCGCGGCUUGUGUCUCAAGCACCAUCCGGCUCAGGCUCGCUUCAAGCAAAUACAAAGAGGGUAGCACCGGGCGCUGUAAUUUGGAUGAACUACGUGGCGCCGUUCUCGAAAAGGUCUGCGAAUAUUUCUGCUACAAUGAAAAGCACAAGGACCAGGUCAAUGUGCCGGACAUGGAUAUUCCACCUGAGUUGUGCCUGGAGCUCUUGAUGGCGGCUGAUUACUUGGAUACGUGA